AUGACGGACGUCCACGUGCCCAAGAACAGCCGCAUUGUGCAGGCGUCGUAUCUCGAAAAGCAUUCCAGCAAGGUCUUGCAGGAAGACGAGUCCAUCGAACCCGAUGGAGACGAAUUCCCCGGGUUGGCGGCGACCUGUCACGUCCUCAGUCAAACCUUUCUGGAACACGUGGACAAGCAAGUCCGACUCUACACUGUCCAGUGCUGUAUGGAACUCUUUGCCAUUUACGCUCCCGAAGCGCCCUGGGAUACCCCCGAGAUUCUCGCCAUUUUCCGACAAACCAUCCGCCAAUUGGCCAAUCUCGCGCACACCACCGCGUCCCAGCCUUUGUUCGCCAACUACAUGAAUAUCCUCGACUUGUUGGCCAACGUCAAAAUUGGGGUCGUCCUCGUGGAACUGUGCAAAACAGCCCACCCGGCAGACGACGACGAAGCGGCGUUGGAAGUACUGGCGGAACUCGUACGGACUCUCUUGCACUCCAUCCGGGUCGAACACCCCCCACAAGUCUCCGAAUACGUCGUUGCCAUUGUCAACGGAAUCAUCGACGAGUACGAAAAGGGUGUGCACAUUCCCGUCGCCAUUCUCGACGAACUCUUGGCCUGUAUUGGCCAAGGACCAACCGUCUCCAUUACCAAGCUACAACAGAAUGUGCCAACGCCAGGGACCCAACCCAAUCCCUCCUACCUGACGGCCGCCACCAUUGUCCGCGUCACGUCCAACAAAAUCGCCACGCCCCUCGAAAAUUUACUCAACGGCCUUCUCAAUCGACAAUCCCACGUCGUGGAAGCCAGCAGCAUUUCCGCCGAGCCGCCGCCAACCGAUUCCCACGAUAAGGUGCCGGACGUCUACACAAUUGUCUACGAGCUACACAAGGUCGCCCCCACCUGCCUCGCCACCGUACUCGGCACCGUGACCAACGGGUUGACCCACGAAGACACCGUCCGACGCACGGCGACCGUACAGCUCUUGGGACGCAUCUUUGUGGCUACGCCGGUAGUGGCUAAAACCCACCACGCCAGUUUCGGGGCUUGGUUGGGACGCUCCGUCGACGCCGAAGUGCCCAUUCGGAAAACCAUGGUCGCCUUGCUUCGGCAACUCGUCCUGACGGACGCGUCCGCUCCGGAUGUACCCGACGAUAUUCGUCAACAAGCCGUCCCCGCCUUGUGCACACUCAUCCAAGACGUGGACGUACUGGUGCGUCUGGACGCAAUUCAAGCAGUGUGUGACGGAGCGUACCACGAAACCGCCCGCCACGGCCCCGCCUCGCUUUUGCACGCUGUCGGACAACGCGUAUCCUCCAAGCACAAGCAGGAACGACGCAACGCCGUCACCGGCCUCGCACAAUUGUACUUUUCGCGGUUCCUACGCCCAGCUUUGGUUCACGUACACAACGGUGGGGACGAUGUCGAGCUGGACGUGAUUCGUCAAACCUUGCACCAUGGCUGUCGACUGGAUCGACCCCUGACGCGCAAGGGGCGCAAGACGAACACCUUCCCGGACGCGGACGCCGUGGAUGUGGAAGACGAAUGCUACCGAUGGAUUCCGCGGAAAGUGAUGGAGGCCCUCUGCUUUACCGAUCAGACCGAUUCGGAAAUGCGUUCCCGUGUCAGCCUGAUUCUGGACGAAGUCUUGCUGGGCUCUGAUUUGUCCUCCAAGUCCUCCAAACGACUGACUUCGACAGCGCGGGCUGUCGGCCUGGUCAUGAUUGUCGAUUCGAUUCGAGAUGGACCAACGGUGGCGGAAGCGAGCACUUCCACUCCGGAAAAGUUCUUGCGCCAGUGGCUCGCUGCUCGUGCGACGCUUCAAAAGGCGUUGCGCCGAUACUUGGACGCCCGCGCGACGAAGCGUCAGCACCCACACGGAACGGAGGAAGCCUUGACUGCGGAUGCCAAAGCGGUGGAACUACUCGAAACGGUGGCGUCCUUGACGGCUGUUCCGUCCAAAUCAUUGCCCGACGUUUUGGAAGCCUUUCACGGUAUCCGCGACAAGCACGUCUUCAACAUUCUGGCAACCAUUACCGAUCCCACCCACUCUCCCAAGGCGCGCGCUCGGGCGCUGGAAGACUUGCCGAAGCGUACCAAGUCGCUCGGUGAUGCCGUCUCGUUGUGGGUCAAGAACUUGGCCCGUCGCUGCGUCAUGGGAGACUUUGUCAACGCCGAGAUCGUCAACCACUGCGUUUUGCUUGCGCAGGAAUGCUUUGCCGAGGGGGACAUUGCCGCAUGUACAGCAUUGCUAUCCCCAGUGAAACUCGUAGCCGACAUCUUUCCCGCUCUGUGUGCCGUACCGAAAACGUUUACAACCUUGACGGAAGUCUUUUCUGAAUGCCGCAACGCGACUGGUGCGGAAGCAAAAAGAGAAAUUCAGGAGACCAGUAUUAUAACGACUUUGAGCAGUAUAAUGUCGGCGGCAGCUGCCACCGACGCGCGAAGCUUCAAGCAUGCCGAGACGCAUGCGAGCUCGGAUGACGAGGACUUUCGCAAGGAAUUGAUGCUCUUGUGUACUCGUGACGGAACUCCGGAGCAAGCUAGGAAUGCAGUGUACACUCUCGCGCAACUCCUUCGCAAAGAAUCAGACGAUACCAAGGGUUUUGAACCGCUGCUCAAGGCACUCACGUCAACGACGCGAAUGACCGUAUCUGGGAAAGAAUCUGUCAAACUUGUGAGUGUCCUGUCGGCGCUGGCUGCAUUUACCGAUUGCGCCCCGGCUCUGUUGGAAGGGACGGAAAAGGGCAACAAGGCAAUUAACUUUGCGUUGGAAUGUGUGCUUAUGGGACGACGACAAGAUGGCGGCGACGAGGGCUAUGAUAGUGCCGAUGAAGAUGGAGAAACACGAACGCCUUCGCCAUCGUCACAAGAUCACCACGCCGACCACGAAUGA